AUGUACAUUUUUUAUAAGUAAUAUAAAUAAAUUAGAGGUGGAGGAUUAUAUAAUAAAAAUUGUUAAAAACAUGGUAAAUGGACAUUACUGAGCGAUAAUUUUUUUAUGUAAGUUUCAAUUUAAAUAUUUAGGUAUAACCUAAUUACAUACAUAGGAUCAUUUUAAGAUGGAGAAAAAGUGGGAUAAUGGGAUAUUAUGAAAAUAUAGAUUUAAGAUGACAACUUAAUAUUUGAGAAAAUGUAUAAAUUACUUAUAAUAAAUUAGUGGAUAAAAAAUAUAUUGA